CCGGCGGGUCGACGGGAGUCAGCUCGAGGCGUCACCCGGCCGGUCACUUCAUGCCGUUCGCCUCCUAGAAGUAAAACCGUGAAGACCCGAGCGCCCGUGACGACUUUUUGAAACAACUUUUGUUCGGAUGAGGGACAUCUAUUAGCGCAGCGCUUCAGUCCCACCCCCCCCCCCCUCUCCCCCUCCCACUGGGGCUUAUCUGAGUGUCUGCAAUGGAAGAGGAUAACAGCGCCUUGCCCGAUUUGAAGGAUAUAGAGACCAAAUUGGGUCUGAAGGUCCCGGAGAGCCUCGUUCGUUCUCUUGUUGCGGGAAAGCAUCCCGACCAGUGCGAGAAGUCCGGCGCGCCGCGUUCAGGGACCCGAAAAGCGUACGCAAACAGCGCGGACCUGAAGAGACUGGAGGGCAAAAUGCUGUUCCUAAAACAAGAAAUGGCCCAUCUACGAGCCAUCGACGUGAAGCUGAUGCAGCAGCUCCUGUGCAUCAACGAGGGCAUCGAGUCCAUCCGUUGGAUGAUAGAAGAGAAAGGGGGCGUGGCCAGCCAGGAGAGCAGCCUGUCGGGCAGCUUGUACAGCCUGUCGGACAGCCAGGACGGCGCGUCGCUGCGGGGCAGCUUCAACAGCCUCAACGACGGCAACAGCGACAGGCUGGACAGCAUGUCCGUGGGCAGCUACUUGGACACGCUGGAGGAGGACCUCUCGGACGACCCCUCGCCCACAGACCUCGACAGUUUCGCCGACAAAGCGGUCGUGGGCGGGGAUGCGUUCGGCAAAUCGCAGCUGAAACUGGCGGCGGAAUCGGAUGAAUACUACUGCUUUGGAUAGGGAGAAGCUCAGCACAGUGGCCUCUGAGACUACUGAGAUAGGAUGUGAAGAAAGAUUUAAGCAUGUGUCCUCCCCACCGUGGACACUCUAAAGCACCAGCGUCAUUACGGUGUGUGGUUUGGACACACCACCUGAAACUUCAUGUCCCAACAUCUUAACCGUUCUUUAAGUCUUAAUAUUUUAUAAUGCAGGUAAAAGGUGUUUUAAAAAAAAAAAGGGGCUCUUAUGAAUACCUCAGCAGUUUAUUUUCACAGAUGGGGUACCACUUGGACUAAAAUCAGCUAAGACAGGGGGGGGGGGAGGGGGGAGGAAGGGGGCAAUAAGAGUAGCAGCGUAAGCUGAUUAUCACGACGUCUUUAUCUGUGAAAAAUGUCAACUUGAGCUCUGUGUUGGGCUCGACCCCAACCAUCUGAUCUAAGUGAAGGAGUAGAUUAGGAUUUAGCAGCCACUUGGCAUAUUGCAUCUCUCACGGCGAGUGAUUCAAGUGUCUUAACUAUUCAAGGUGGUGGGUGUUGACGCAAGUGCAAUUUGAUUCCAUGCCAAAUUGUGAGCUCCACCUACUGUUCAUGAUAAAGCUUUUAAUUGUUUGUUUUUUUUACUUUAAUAUUUUGGACCGAUUGAAGUUCCUUAACUCAAUCACUGUCUGUUGACAAAUAGUUUUAACGUACCAGAGAUUAGUAGCACAUUCAAAGCCCAGAUGCUCGACUGAAAACCAAAGCAAUUUGAAUGUCAUGUCAUCAUUUGGGCCCGAGGCAAAUGCCUGCUGGGAGAUUGGUUGACGGUGGACAUGUGGGACAUUUUUCAAGUCUCCAAAACAGGUUUGUUGUUUUAGCUUUAAACCUCAUGCUGAUUUGAUGUUUGUAUUUUACACUGCCUGCUAUUUUGUUAUUUUAUUUUGUAUUGGUUGCUGUUAAUUGUUGUGGAAAUGGAAUAAUAUAUUGUGAUUUUUUUUUUUCUCUC